CAGGGCGUGCAAUUUGCGUGAUUAUUCAAUUGACAGGGGAGCCGGUGCCGCGAAACUAGCACACAUCCCAUGUCUUCACUCGUCGAUGCGACCUCCCCGUGUCAACAUGUUCGUCCUGCUGCUGUUCUGCGCCGAUCUAGCACACACUGGAAAUGGUUUCCCAGAUGUGUCACUCACAGUGUGUCCUGCAGAGGGGCAUGAAUCCAACACACUUCAGUAUGAUCUGGAACUGAACUGGCAGCCUAGUCUGGAUGCAGACUGGAUUUGCCUUUACAAUGUAUCUUCACUGCAAGAAGUAACACAAGACACAGAGCCUCUCAUUCGCAUCAGUCCUCAUGAUUACCCUGAUGGAUACUACAGUACUAAUAUCAGCUUUGCUGAACAACAGUACCCCAAUGGAUGGAGUAAAGGGUCUGGAGAAAAUCCCGUGCCUGGAGAUGCUUGUCUGUCCUAUUGGAUUGCUGCCUACAAAUACAAUGAAUUGCAUCAGGCUGUCUGUCUUAAAAUCCACCCUACUUGGAUGUGGGAUCAUAGAGCUGAGCUGGAGAACAUGCCUCUUAUUGGUUUGUUCUUUCCUGGUACAUACAAUUCAAAUCACUUUAACAGAGGGAGUAUACCCUUGCCAAGGCAAACGGUCAGCCAUUUUCUUCUCACACAAGAUUCUGAUGUCUGGGGGGAAUUAAUUCGUGGUAUUCGGUACCUUGAUGUUGAUAUAGAGUAUUGUCCUAACCAGGGGUCUUCUUCCACCCCUGCAAUUACAGAUGAUGACAGAUGCUCGGUGAAUCAUAGCCUGCCUCAUGCAAAUCAUCUGCUGCCUGUGCUUAAGGAUAUUAAAGAAUUCUUGAAGAGGGCAAAGUAUGAAAUAGUCAUACUUGACAUUCACCACUUCCCCAUGGGAUUUGAAAAGAACACAGACCUACACCGUGAAUUUGUUUCAUUGCUGUAUUCCGAGCUUGGCGAUUACAUACUGUCAUUCGACAACAUUACCUACAAUUCUACAUUGGCUGACGUGUGGCACACUGGACGUACUCUUAUUGUGGCGUACAAUGAUUCUGAAACAACGACAGAAUUUGCUUGGCUGUGGGGCCCAAUACCACGGCUUUAUGGAGAUCACCAAACAACAGAAGGGCUCAAGACAUUCCUUUGGCAGUGCAUGGACGAUGCACGUGCCACCAGUGGGACAACUUUGGAAAUGUCUACAACUAGUGAUCUACCAACACCAGCAGUUUCCACAUCGGACAACUCAGAUAGUCUUCAUGAUCUAAUUGACAUGGCCAGUCGUAAUAUCACUAAAUGGUUUCAUAAUUAUUGGUGGAGAUAUUCAAACCUUGUUGCCACUGACUUUUUCCUUGGAAAUAACAUAACUGAUGUUAAUGUUAGAGCUUGCCUGGAUAAAGCGAAUAAUGUAAUAUUUCAAAUAGCAUCAGAAGACUAGUGAUGGUUAUCAUGAUGAUAGUUUACUGCAUGACAUACAAAGUGUAAAUUCAAAACUGCACACACUUGCAACCAAUAAUACUACUACUGAUAAUAAUAUUAAUAAUAAGAACUAUGUAAAACAAUAGAAAGAAGAGAGAUACAUUGUAAACUUAAGUUGUAAACAGGAUUCAAGUGCUUUCUAGUCAUAUUUGGUUUGAUUCUCUCGGGUACAUCACCAUCAAUAAACCAAGUCUCUCCAAGUCCAUCCUUAUACAGACGGUUGUGGGGCCUUGGCUGUUCAACACAGAAUAUCGAAUCAAAACACUUUCCAGCUAUCUAAAUUUUCAGUUGUUAUUUUAUUUGAGCAACCAGUUUUGGUGCUACACUACUACACCUUCAGACCACCUGACCGAUAGUAGGAAGAUUCCCAUAGGGGAUAUCAUUCACUGACUGGCAUCUGUAGAUUUCUACUUGACACAGUGAUCCUUUCAAUCAUCACUUGCCAAAUGUUACCUGACAGCCAGCAAAUGAUGAUCAAGGGAUCACUGUGUCAAGUAGAAAUCUGUGGACACCAGUCAUUCAAUGCUGGCCCCUGUUUUGACUACACCAGAGGUGAGAAUCUUCCUACAUGUUGGUCAGGUGCCUGAAGAUGGCAUAAUGUAGUGCUAAAAUUGAUUGCUCAUAUAAAAUAACAAUUGACAAUUUAGAUGGCUGAAAGGUGUUUUGAUUCAACAUUCUAUACCAGUAAACUAAAGUCAAAUGAACUUAUUUGACAUAUUUACUGAACAUGGCAGCAAAGAAAGGUAUUUAAAUUUGUUUGCAUUGACUGUAGUAUUUCAUAUAAUGUAGAAGCAAUAACUACUUAGCAGGCAUUGGCAAUGCAUUGUAAAGCAUAAUCCAAGGCUCAAAACAAAUAUGUAUUGAGAAGGAUGCUCCAUGAUUGCUGCCAAAUAAAGCCUACAAUUUCAAUACACAAAACUCUCAUUAGCUUAACUUGACACACAUGUGAAGCUUACAGCCAUAAAACUCCAUCAAAGUUAUAUUUGCUCACAAAUACGUAAAGAUGUGUAAUAUAUAGAUUUAUGAUUACA